AUGACUCUUCACAGUAUCAUCCACUCACCAUCAUUCACCUUCCUCGUUGGCCCAAAGCACACAAAGUUGACAAUCCAGUCGGCCCUCGCCCAGCAUGUCUCCAAACCACUCCACAAUCUUAUGAACGGUCACACAAGAGAGUCAAAACAUCGUAUCGCCGUCUUAGAAGAGGAGGAUGUCGAGACCUUCGUCGCCUUCUGCGAGUAUGCAUACACCGGGGAUUAUUGUGUGCCGCGAACCGAGCCGGACGUGGAAGACCUAGAAGAUAGUAGGUCUGGCGUCAUCGAGAAUGCGCCUAGUCCUGGUACUUCUUGGAGAGAGACUUAUCGAUCAGACUCGGUUUCGUCGGCUGUGCCUCCACCUGCGCCAUCACCGCCUCCGGAGGAUCGUAGCCAGACGGAUACUACUGUGUAUCAGAUUCAUGAGCCUGAUCCCGAGCCGGAGCAUGUGCAUGAGCCAGAGGUUAUGCCAGUAGAAGCUCCUCCUCCUGAAGAGGCUGCGCCUGAGCCAGAAACAGAGCACACUGAAGUGAACGGUUUCGACUACGCGGAUUCGGUUGUGCCGGAUGAGACACCGGAGCAGCCAGAGUACCCUGCCGUCGAGCCGGAGGUGUAUCCAGAGCCUGAGGUUGCAGCGUCUGUGGAGGAUGAGAGGCCAGCACGGAAGAUCAAGAAGGGCAAGAAGGGCAAGAAGGUCAAGAAGCAGGGACCAUCAUACGUUGAUGAAGAGCCUCCCGCAGCGGAAGAGCCCGUCAACCUGACGCCUCCAACAACGCCUCCACCACCGCCUGGGGAAGAAUUGUCGGCAGCUGAGUAUGUACCAGAAGCGGAACCGGAACCUGCUGAGCAGGAGCCUACCUCAGAGCCAGAGCCAGAGCCAGAACAGACUGGAUAUUGGGAUCAACCACCCGCAGAACCCGAAGAGUAUACACCAGAGACAGCAGACGAACCGCUGGCAGACUCAUGGUCAGGAGAAAGAGACGACAAUCAAAUGCCCAAACCCAGGCCAAUGCUCGACAUGUCAUUUGCCCAACAACAAGCCUCUUCACCAUGUGAGCCAGGCCUUAGCAUGUGGGACGAAUUCGUCUCCCUCCAAUACACCGACGACUCGGCCUCAAAGCUAUCACCGAUCGAGUCAACAUCCGACCUCCCAUACCUAACUUUCCACGCCAAAGUCUAUGUCUUCGCAACCCGCUACCUGAUCCCUGCCCUGGCGCAGCUCUGUCUCCGCAAGCUACACCGAGAUCUGCUGCUCAUAUCAUUCACAGAACAAGAAACAGCCGACCCGAGCCCGUCCCAAAAACUGGGAGUCUUGGCCGCGCGCAAGGCCCAGAUGGUCCUGAAUCUAGUCCACUAUGCCUACACGAAAACGGCUCGGCUGGAGCCCAUCUCACCGACGUCCGCGACGCAACUUCGGGAGAAUGAGCUACGACGACUGGUCGUGCACUAUGCAGCCUGCAAAGUGAAGGACUUGGCCAAGUACCACUCGCCAGACGAUUCUGCAUCGGCAACACCCUCGCUCCGGCCGGUGGAUGCGACAGUGGAGCGGGCCGAGACUUCUGCACCGAAGAGUCUCCGCUCGCUGCUGGAUAUGACGACGGAGCUGGCCUCUGAUCUUGUAUACCGCAUGAUGUGA